UGUCUCUGGCAUCUGAAAACAAGGAAAGCCAUGGCAGCUCAACGCGGCUGUAUCACUCUACAAGUUGUGCUAUUUCUGAUCAUUUGCUCAUCAUCUGCAAGCACAGGGUUCGGAUCAACAAACGACACUUUGCCGCAUUUCAGUCGUAGCAGCUUCCCCCAAGGCUUUGUAUUCGGAGCUGCUUCGUCUGCCUAUCAAUAUGAAGGCGCUGCGUCUGAAGGUGGGAGAGGACCAAGCAUAUGGGAUACUUACACCCACAAAUUUCCAGACAAAAUAGCUGACCGGAGCAACGCAGACGUGGCUGACAACUUCUAUCAUCUGUAUAAGGAGGACGUGAAGUUGAUAAAGCAUUUAGGAUUGAAUGCUUUCAGAAUGUCCAUUUCUUGGUCACGGAUAUUACCUCGUGGGAAGCUAAGUGGGGGAGUGAACAAGGAAGGAAUUGCCUUUUACAACAAUGUCUUCAACGAGCUCCUUGCAAAUGGUAUAAUCCCAUUUGUGACUCUAUUUCAUUGGGACCUUCCGCAAGCCCUAGAGGAUGAGUAUUUAGGCUUUCUAAGUCCUCGUAUUGUUGAUGAUUUUAAAGAUUUUGCGGAACUUUGCUUCAAGGAAUUUGGUGACCAUGUCAAGUACUGGGUCACAAUUAAUGAACCCUUUACGUACUCCAAUGGUGGCUAUGAUGGAGGCUUCAUCGGCAACCUAGCCCCUGGGAGGUGCUCCAAUAGGGCUAAUUGUGCCCAAGGGAAUUCAGCAACUGAGCCUUAUAUUGUCGCCCAUCACCUACUUCUUGCCCACGCAGCAGCUGCGAGAUUAUACAAGGAUAAGUAUCAGCCAAUUCAAAAGGGAGAAAUCGGAAUAGUUCUAGUGACUCAUUGGAUGGUACCAUAUUCAAGCAACCGACUCGAUGUUAGAGCAGCACGACGAGCUCUUGAUUUUAUGUAUGGAUGGUUCAUUAAUCCUUUAGUUUAUGGGGAAUAUCCAAGAACCAUGCAAUCCCUUGUGGGAAAUCGAUUGCCAAAGUUCACUAAGGAGCAGGCUGCAAUGCUAAAAGGAUCCUUUGAUUAUUUGGGAUUGAAUUAUUAUACUGGGAAUUAUGCAGCUCACAUUCUCUCUCGCACUGGGAAUAUCAGCAGCACUACGGACAAUAUGGCUCGCCUUUCAACUGAAAUCAAAGGGGUACCCAUCGGCAAACCAACUGGAGUGAGCAUUUUCUUUGUUUAUCCGAAAGGACUUCACGAUCUUCUAAUCUACACCAAGGAGAGAUACAACAAUCCGACCAUUUACAUCACAGAAACUGGUAUGGGUGACGCUAAUAAUGGUACCAUCAAACAUGCUAUUGAAGACCCCCUGAGAGUUAACUUCUACAAUGGGCAUCUUCGGGCGGUUCACCAAGCCAUCCAACAAGGUGUGAAUGUGAAGGGUUUCUUUGCAUGGUCGUUUUUGGACACAUUUGAAUGGGCAUCGGGUUACACCCAACGAUUCGGAAUUUGCUAUGUUGAUUUUAAAAAUAAACUUAAACGAAUUCCCAAAAGGUCAGCUAUUUGGAUCAAGAAUUUCUUGAAUGCAAAGUGAGAGGAGCAUAUGUAUAUUCAUGUAAUAAGAUCACCCAGUCGAGUGGUCGCCUCUGAAGCAUGUUUGGUUUGUGUGGUUGAUUUUUGGAUGAUGAUACGCAAUAAAUGGAUAUAUUUUCCAAUACUGACUGUUUGGUUGAAGGUUUUGAUUUCUGUGAUA